AUGCAGGUGGCGAUAAAAAUAAUAGAUAAAUCUCAGCUGGAUGCAGUGAACCUUGAGAAAAUCUACCGAGAAGUGCAAAUAAUGAAAAUGUUAGACCACCCUCACAUCAUCAAACUGUAUCAGGUAAUGGAGACCAAAAACAUGUUGUACCUUGUGACAGAAUAUGCCAAAAAUGGAGAAAUUUUUGACUACCUUGCAAAUCACGGCCGGCUAAAUGAGUCUGAGGCCAGGCGCAAAUUCUGGCAAAUCCUGUCCGCUGUCGAUUACUGUCACAGUCGGAAGAUUGUACACCGUGACCUCAAGGCUGAAAAUCUCCUGCUGGAUAACAACAUGAACAUCAAAAUAGCAGAUUUCGGUUUUGGAAAUUUCUUUGAAAGCGGUGAACUGCUGGCGACAUGGUGUGGCAGCCCCCCGUAUGCAGCCCCAGAAGUCUUUGAAGGGCAGCAGUAUGAAGGACCACAGCUGGAUAUUUGGAGCAUGGGAGUCGUUCUCUACGUCCUUGUCUGCGGAGCCCUGCCUUUUGAUGGACCAAGUCUUCCAAUUUUGAGGCAGAGGGUUUUAGAAGGAAGAUUCCGGAUUCCGUAUUUCAUGUCAGAAGAUUGUGAGCACCUUAUUCGAAGGAUGCUGGUCCUUGAUCCAUCCAAACGGCUAACCAUAGCCCAGAUCAAGGAGCAUAAGUGGAUGCUCGUAGAAGUUCCUGUGCAGAGGCCUGUUCUCUAUCCACAAGGGCAAGAAAACGAGCCAUCCAUUGGGGAAUUUAAUGAGCAGGUCCUGCGACUCAUGCACAGCCUUGGGAUAGAUCAACAGAAAACCAUUGAGUCUCUGCAGAACAAGAGCUAUAACCACUUUGCUGCCAUUUAUUACUUGUUGGUGGAGCGCCUGAAAUCACACAGGAGCAGCUUCCCGGUGGAGCAGAGACUCGACGCCCGCCAGCGUCGGCCCAGCACCAUCGCAGAACAGACAGUUGCCAAGGCACAGACCGUGGGGCUCCCAGUGACCGUGCACCCCCCGAACGUGCGGCUGAUGCGAUCUGCCCUCCUCCCACAGGCACCCAACGUGGACGCCUUCGCGUUUCCCGCGUCCGGCUGUCAGGCGGAAGCAACGUUCAUGGAGGAAGAGUGUGUUGACACCCCAAAGGUGAAUGGCUGUCUGCUGGACCCUGUGCCCCCUGUCCUGGCGAGGAAGGGGUGCCAGUCGUUGCCUGGCAACGUGAUGGAGACCUCCAUUGAUGAGGGCGUGGAGACAGAAGGAGACGCCGAGGAAGACCCCAGUCAGUCCUUCGACGCCUUCCAGUCCACACGCAGUGGGCAGAGACGGCACACUGUGUCGGAAGUGACCAAUCAGCUGGUGGUGAUGCCUGGUUCAGGGAAAAUUUUCUCUGUGGGUGACAACCCUUCCCUUGACAGUGUGGACUCUGAAUAUGACAUGGGGUCUGUUCAGAGGGACCUGAAUUUUCUGGAGGACAACCCUUCCCUCAAGGACAUCAUGUUAGCCAAUCAGCCCUCACCCCGCAUGACGUCUCCCUUCGUGAGCCUGAGACCUGCCAACCCAGCCAUGCAGGCUCUGAGCUCCCAGAAACGAGAGGCUCACAAUAGGUCUCCAGUGAGCUUCAGAGAGGGCCGCCGGGCGUCGGACACCUCCCUCACCCAAGGAAUUGUAGCAUUCAGACAGCAUCUUCAGAAUCUGGCUAGAACCAAAGGAAUCCUAGAGUUGAACAAAGUGCAGUUGCUUUACGAGCAGAUGGGAUCCGAGGCCGACCCUAACUUGGCCUCACCUGCUCCUCAGCUCCAAGCCCUUGCCAGCAGCUGCCCUCAGGAGGAAGUUUCUCAGCAGCAGAAAAGCAUCUCUGCGCUACCCAGCAGCCCACACCCUCAGCUCUGCCAGCGGCCCGGCCUGGAGGCCCAGUUCCUGCAGCACCGACUCCAGAAGCCCAGCCUUCUAUCAAAAGCCCAGAACACCUGCCAGCUUUAUUGUAAAGAACCACCACGGAGCCUUGAACAGCAGCUGCAGGAACACAGUGUUUCCCCUUUGGGUUAUGAAUAGACCUAAGCUUUCAGAAUCCCCGACCUAAUGCGGUUUAAGUGGGUUAUACUGGAGAGAAGGCGUCCAUCCUCCCCUGCAGUAACUCGUGCCCUCAGGCCUCACUAGUAGAAGCAUCUUGGCCAAGAUAGAAUUACCCUAAUCCAUCAACCUGCAGACACUCACAGAGGCCAAGGUGUCACCCCCGCUUCGAAACACUCCGGACGGGAAAUCAGCCUCUCGCUCUGUAGGGAGGAGAAACGCAAGAGUCUUAGAGAAAAAGAACUCCUGUCCACUGGGGCACUGAGGGAUCAGCCAGAACCGGGGAACAAAAAGUAAGAUUGUGUUUAAGAAACCAAACACAGUUGGCUCCUACCCCUGUUCUUUUUUUUUUUUCCUUCCCUCCUGCCGUGGGAAGCGGAGAAGUGGGGGGACUGACGCUAAUGACUGGUACUGGAUUUACGUUAGAAUUGGCAUCACUGAAGAAGAUU